GUGAAACUACUGUAUACUGGAGUAGUACCAGGCCUUUGGUUCCCCUAAUUAAUGCCUAUGACUUUGUAUAGCAGAUGAUGUGUAGUUUGUUGCCUUUAAAAAUGGAGCAAAUUAUUUUUUUAGUUAGAGGAUCAAACUAGCCUGAGUAGUUAAGCCGUACCAAAGAACAAUCUUCAUUGGAUACUCUUCAUCAAUAUCUAAUACUCAUUCUUACUUCAUGGAUCAAGAAAUAUCAGAAUUUAUGAACAAUAAUGACUUCUUCAUUUUAAGUUCAGUUUUUUCUAUUGCAGCACCAGUGAACGAGCCUGAGGAGGUGAUUUCAAUUGAAUAUAACGAUACUAAAAAUGAGUCAAAUAUCUCGAAGCAGGAGCCAUCACUUCUGAAUUACAUUAGGAAUCUGGAAAAGAGGAUAUAUGAAACUGAAAAAGAGGUUAUCAGACUAAAUGAAUUAAUAACACAACAUCAUGACGAAACAACAAAGAAUGUAUAUCGAAUCACAGUGAACCCGAGGCCUUUUACAGAAUGGGUGUCCCUCCCAUUACAACACACAUCAAGUAUUGACACUUUUGAUGUAAAUGAGACACGGUACAUGAUAAUAACUAGCGACUUCAGUGAGAUGGACACUAAGAUUGUUUCGGUGUACAAGAUAACAAGAGAGGGACCAACACAUGUACAUAAUAUAACACUUCCUGGAGCAAGAACAACAAAAAGCUUAAACAUAAACAACAAAGUUUAUACUGCUAUAGCCUGUGAAAAUCCCCACAAUGACAAAAAUGACGUGCACAUCUACACUUGGACGGAUGACGAGACUUUGAAACUUUUACAGACUUUUGAUGGAGCUCGUGACCCUACAUUUGGAAGGACAACAAGUCAUAGCAUAUAUCUUGCCCUUACGAAGAACGAUGGAGAAUGGUCUACUAAAGUAUAUAAAUGGGACCAUAAAGAUAAUCGAUUCCAUUCCAUUCAAUUUCAGGAGGCCAUACGUGGAGCUAAACCAAAUUUCUUUUUGUUAAAAAAUCAUCUAUGGCUAAGCACUUCAAACAAGUUCAGUUCAAUCAUUUAUAGGUGGAACGAGCUUCGCUCCAGGUUUCAGGUUUAUCAGAGAAUACCAUUACCCUCACUGGAAGCAAUGGAUCUCCAACCUAUGCCUAUUGAAAGCCAUUACUUCUUAGUAGCCACCAGUUUGGAAGGACCCUCAUUAUUGCUUUAUAAAUGGAGUAGCUUCAGGGAGCGGUUUGAAAUAUUUCAAAACAUCCCAGCAUUCAAAAUCAAAGCACUUGACAGUUUUAAUAUCAACAACUACGGACACUUUAUCGCUAUGGUUAAAGCAUCGGACACAUCAGCAGGUACAAAAGAGCUAGUUUUUUAUAAAUUCAGUGGAGCAGCCACAAACGACUUAUUUCAAAGUAUCACAGCAGAUGAUCCAUCUUCUGUUAAAGUGUUUCAUCAUCACCAUCGGUCCAUAUUGGCAAUAGGAAAUGCGUUAUCUCUUGAUCUGUUCAAGUUGAACGAUGCCUAGCUCAUGGAUACUGAACUUUGAUUAUUGUUACAUUUCUUUUAGUUUGUUAUUUUGCUCCCAUGUCAAUUGUUUAGUUAUGUAUAGAUCUGUUGUCCUUUCUUUUUUUUCUAUGUUUUUUGAUUUAAUACUUAUUUUUAAAAAAAAAUUUUAAUUUAAAGUUUGUCCAUAGUGAGCACUUGAGUGGGUGUAGAUCUACUAAUAUACGUGUACCCGUAUAUCAACCAUACACUCUUUUAUCAUUGAGCUUUUAAUUAGCUAGUCCAUAGUUAGGUGUAAUCAUGUAGAGUCUAGUAGAUCUACGUUUGUUGUACUUCUCUAAUAAUCUGAUAUCCUUUAAUCACUGAUGACGUCAGGCAACCUCCUGCACUGCACUGCACUGGACACUGAAUAGACACUGAAAGUUCUCAUGAGUAGUCCAAGCAUGCAGCUCAGUUAUUAAGCAGUUGGUUUAAGUCUAAUCCAAGAAGGUGACAGUCCACUCCCCAGCAAUUCUAUUUUUUAUAGAGGAGCACAGGCUGACUUGGAGAGAUUAUAAUUAAACCUGGAGACUCAAGAUACAUGUACUGCCCUGGAGGACACAGGGCCACGGUAGCACUGGCAAAUGACUACGAAGUACGAACAUUAAGACACUGAAACCAACCAAGCAGGUGCAUGUCACACUUCCAGUCUUCGAAUCCACACCAGGAGUCAGGUGACAGACACUGACAGCUAGGAGAUGA